AGGGGUUCGGACUGCGCCUCCCGGCAGCCUCUGCGUGCGGGCGGCGGGCGGGCGCGAAGCGGAAGUGCGUGAGGAGGAGGUGGAGGCGCCUGGCCGCUGAGGAGGCCGCAGGCGGAGUUGGGUCCGGUUUGUUUCCUGGUUUCAUAUUUGACACAACUCAGACAGUAAAACUGACUGUUGAAGGGUGCAGAGUGUGAAUCUGCUCGAGCAGGUGGGCAUGCGACAGAAAACAGGAUCUUCAAAGGUGUGACCGACGGCUGCUCUCAAGAUGUCUAAAACCAACAAAUCCAAAUCUGGAUCUCGUUCUUCUCGUUCGAGAUCCGGGUCGAGGUCACGCUCGCGUUCCUUCUCCAAAUCCCGUUCCCGUUCUCGCUCUGUUUCACGCUCGAGGAAACGCAGGCUCAGUUCUAGGUCCCGUUCAAGGUCGUAUUCUCCAUCUCAUAACAGGGAAAGGAACCAUCCAAGAGUCUAUCAGAACCGGGAUUUCAGAGGUCAUAACAGAGGAUACAGGAGACCGUAUUAUUUCCGAGGCCGGAAUCGAGGCUUCUAUCCGUGGGGCCAAUAUAACAGAGGAGGAUAUGGGAACUACAGGUCUAACUGGCAAAACUACCGCCAAGCUUACAGCCCUCGCAGGGGGAGGUCGCGCUCCCGCUCCCCCAAGAGAAGAUCUCCUUCCCCGAGGUCCAGAAGUCACUCCAGGAAUUCUGAUAAGUCGUCAUCCGACCGCUCCAGGAGGUCUUCCUCUUCUCGGUCCUCCUCCAACCACAGCCGAGUCGAGUCUUCCAAGCGUAAAUCUGGGAAGGACAAAAAGUCAUCUUCCAAGGAAGCCCGAGCGUCUCAGGCCGCGGGAGAAAACCAAGGUGACGAUUCGAAGGAGCAGCCGUUUUCGGGAGCAGCUGCUCAAGAUGCCAAGGCGUCUGAGGGAUCAAAGCCGUGGCAAGACGUGUCGGCCUACGGCAGCAGCUCGGCGUCGAGAGCUGCUGCGCCUGAGCUCAGCCCGAGGGAACGCAGCCCUGCGUUAAAAAGCCCCCUGCAGUCGGUGGUGGUGAGGCGGCGUUCUCCUCGGCCAAGUCCGUUGCAGAAGUCGAGCUCCCCGCUGUCCAACCCCUCGCAGAUGAGCUCUGCCUCACAGAGCAGCGCCUCCUUUCAGGCAGGGUCUCAUCAGAGCCCGUUUGACCACGGCUCGUCGGGUCUGAGCCCAACAAGAAAGAGCCCUGUGUGCAAAAGUCCCACGCCCAUCAGUUCCAUGUAUGGUGCAUCUCAGAAGGAGGAAACCACGGCUCCUGGUGGGGGAGCCUUCUCCAAGAGGUAUCUGGAAGAGCAGAAGACAGAGAAUGGGAAAGACAAAGAUCAGAAAGUGACAAAUGUGGAGAAGGAAAAAAACAAAGAGAAAGGGAAUUUCUCUGAGGGAUCAACAGACGGAAAGGCCAAAUCUGAUUCCUAUGCAUCCAAAGCAGAUUCUGAGAAGGGAUAUCGUGGCAGUCAGUCGCCCAAGCGCUACAAGUUCCGAGAUGACUUUGACAAGCCAAAGGCACCGGAGUUCCACAAGGAAAGUCAUUAUGGCAAGGAGGAAACGGAUGAUCAGGAAAAGAAAGAAAAGGCAAAGAGCCGUAAGGAUUCAGAUUUUGAUGAUGAGCCCAAAUUUAUGUCUAAAGUGGUGGCGGCGUCGAGUAAAAGUCAAGAGGAGGAUAGGCAAGGCAAAUGGGAAGGAGUGGUGUUCUUGCCACCUGGGAAAGAGAAGCAGAGGAAGUCUGAGGAAAUGGAGGAGGAGAGCUAUUCGGAGAGAUCUAAAAAGGAAGAGAGGCCGGCGUCCAAGAGAGCUGAGCCGGGUCACCGGGGCUUUGUCCCUGAAAAGAAUUUUAGGGUGACCACUUACAAAACGAGCCAGGAAAAAAGCUCUUCUCCCCCACCGAGGAAAGCCUCCGAGGUAAAGGAGAAGCCAGGUUCCAAAGGAGACGGGCUGGCUCCUGGCAAGUCCUCCUUUUCCAUCACUCGUGAGGCACAGGUCAAUAUUCGGAUGGAUUCCUUCGAUGAAGAUCUUGCGCGUCCAAGCGGCAUACUGGCUCAGGAGCGCAAGCUGUGUCGUGACCUUGUGCACAGCAACAAAAAAGAGCAGGAGUUUCGUUCCAUAUUUCAUCAUAUUCAGUCUGCUCAGUCUCAGCGAAGCCCUUCUGAACUGUUUGCUCAACACAUAGUGACUAUAGUCCAUCAUGUCAGAGAGCAUCACUUUGGAUCGUCAGGAAUGACGCUGAACGAACGCUUUACCAAAUACCUAAAGAAAGGAAUGGAACAAGAAGCAGCUAAAAAUAAAAAGAGCCCUGAAAUUCACAGGAGGAUAGAUAUUUCUCCCAGUACUUUUAGAAAACAUGGAUUCUCUCAAGAGGAAUCGAAAAGUUCCAGAGAUCCCAGCUUCAAGGCUGAAGGGAAAUAUAAGGACGACCCUGUGGACCUGCGCCUUGAUAUCGAGCGCCGUAAAAAACAUAAGGAAAGAGAUCUUAAACGUGAUAAAUCCAGAGAGUCGGUGGAGUCCAGGGAUUCGAGUCACUCGAGGGAAAGAUCGGCUGAGAAAACGGAGAAAAGUCACAAAGGCUCAAAGAAAAAGAAACACCGACGGGUGCGUGAGAGGUCCAGGUCCAGCUCCUCGUCCUCACGCUCCUCGCAUUCAGUGAAGGCAGAGGAGUAUCCUGAGGAGCCUGAGGAGAGGGAGGAAAGCACCACAGGCUUUGACAAGUCCCGACUUGGAACUAAGGAAUUCACAGGUCCAAAUGAGAGAGGAAGAGCCCGAGGGACCUUUCAGUUCAGAGCGAGGGGCAGAGGAUGGGGCAGAGGCAACUUUUCAGGCAACAACAACAGCAACAGUGGUGGCAACAACGACUUCCAGAAGAGAAGCAGAGAAGAGGAUUGGGAUCCCGAGUACACGCCGAAGAGCAAGAAGUACUACCUGCACGACGACCGCGAGGGCGAAGGCGCCGACAAGUGGGUGAGCAGAGGCCGCGGCCGCGGCGCCUUCCCACGAGGCCGAGGGCGUUUCAUGUUCAGGAAGUCGAGCACCAGCCCCAAAUGGGCUCACGAUAAAUUCAGCGGCGAAGAAGGAGAAAUCGAAGACGACGAGAGCGGGGCGGAGAACAGAGAGGACAAGGACAGCCUGCCGUCGGCGGCCGAGUAGCGGCGGCGCUGGAGACGCCCUGCAGCCCCUGAGGGCUCUGCCACGACCUGACACGGCCCCGACUUCCCUGCCUUCUCACAGCUCCGCCCCUCCGUGCGGCCGAGCCGCAUCCCUUGUGCUCGGGGCACGGAGAGCCUCUUCCCAAAGACGUCUGGCACCGACUGAGUGCUGCUGAGGCCCUGGCCGUUCCGCCCGUGCCCUCGGGGCACGGCUGUGUUUGUUUGGGGGUUGAUUUGAUAACGGGCUCCGAAGGCGCCGCGGGGUUGGGUUUGUGCCCACCUGUAGUCCAGUAGUCGAUGGUUUUGUUUCUCUUUUCUAAUUUGAAGUAGUACGGCUCGGGGUUUUCUCGCCCGUUCCCAUUCUUCCCCCCUGUUGUGUAUUCCGUUUUGUUUUUUUAAUUUCAUACUCUCCUUUUAGGCCUUUGUGUAGUAACAUCAAUUAAAUGAUAAUUUUGGAAACUCUUUUUGGUUCUUGAAGUAAGAAGCGAUGCAGCAUGUGAAUAAAGAUCUAAAUGUUAA